GUAAUACUAGACCACAGAAAUGUCAACAACGCUUAAAGAAAUUGUCUAGCAGAAGUGACCUAUUUUACUUUUUUCCACUUUAAUGUGUAAAAUCCAGCUGUACACGCUGUACAUGCUAUAUUACAAACAUGCAGACUAGCAGCCGAGAGAAACAUAAUGGGACGAGGUUAAUACAGUGGGACCAAAACGUUUCUAUUUAAUGAGGGGGAGACCCAAGGAGACCUGGAGAAGAUCGGUGGAGUGAGAGAUGAAGGCUAUUGGGUGGAGUUGGGGCCAGGUGACGAAGCUUGCAACGGACAGACAGCAUUGGCGUUCUUUGGUGUCGGCCUUAUGUGUGACCGCACACGAAGAGGAUUAAAUAAUAUCCAGGGCUGCAAUGCGACUAAAACCGAAGACGUUGAUAACUGUGUGCUCUUUAUGUUUAAUAAGUCUUUUCUGGUUUGGGGUUUACACGUUUGGUAGUAAGCAUAUAGAUGGAAUUCACAGAAGAUUAAUACAUUCUGAUGUUGGGACACACGGCACAAAGAACGUGAAAAACACAGCAGACCUGACAUCUAACCACAAGAAACCGAUGCGCAUCAGUGACAGGAAACGGAAACUACACAAAUACAAAACUCAACCACAGAGCGACGCAGAAGCAUAUCAUGACAACGAAGAUGAUGUGGACUUUGAUGCAAAGGCAUACCAUGACAACGAAGAUGAUGUGGACUUUGAAAAGUCGAAAAAGAGUUCAUCUCACGGAAGGAAAUAUUUGAUUUAUUUGUGCAUGUACAACGAAUCUUGUAGUGGUUGGGCUGACCGCCAGAGGGCGAUUGUAUCAGGGUUUUUAUUGGCGCAAAUCAAACACAGAAGAUUUGGAAUAAUUCUGACCAGCCCUUGUGAUUUGAGAAUGUUUUUUGUUCCAAACGAAUACAACUGGAUUGUUAAUGAAAAUGAACUGGUCGGUUUGUCAACAGCGACACCACCCGACAGCUUCCUACGUAAAAUAGACGUCGUGGAUUUUGAUAAAGCGUACCCUGAAGAUUUGGUUUAUUUCCGAAGUCACCGUGAUCUGUUAUUGGCAAUUAAAGAAAACCCGAUUCAUGCAAAAUCUAUUCCUCAAUGGGCAAAGUAUAGAAAACCGAUCGCCUUUAAAAAUGGUUGGAAUAUACUGAUGAAACGGACUCCGCAGUUUGAUAAGACGUUUCAGAAGCUCAUGUCCGGUGUCCCCAGCCAUAGCCAGUUCGUCUGUGCUCACGUGCGACUGUCCAAGAACCCGACCAUGCCUAUGGAAACUAGAGUCAUCAAUACAUAUUCUAGCGUGAAAUAUCUCUGGGCUUUCUUGGACACAAGAUAUCCGAACGCCAGUCGAAUUUUCGUGGCUACAGAUUCCUUGGACGUGCGAAAGUGGGCCAGACGACAUUUCAAGGACAAAGAAAUGGACACGGGGAAGACUAUUCUUCAUAUCGAGAAGCAGAAGCGAAAGAAAAAUUCCUGCGAUGGAUUUGAAAGCGUUCUGCUGGAUCAACAGGUGAUGAUUCACUGUGACGUGUUGGUGUGCUCGUACAGUAAUAUAUGCAAACACGCUGUGUACAUCAACGGCAUGCGUGACAAUGCGUUCCUGUUCAAACGUGAAAAGAUACAUUCAGUUCAGUUCACAUGGCCAGAGAUAUAUGAAUAGAAUCGAUCCAAAUCAUAGGAAAGCAGUAAAAAAACAAUAAUAUUAUCCAUUGAAAAGGGGUGGAACGUAGCCCAGUGGUAAAGCGCUCGCUCGAUGCGCCGUCGGUCUGGGAUCGAUCCCCGCAUGUGGACUCAUUGGGCUAUUACUCGUU